CAAGAUAUGAAUUAACUACAGAAAUGAGGCGUGCCCAGGCGCACCUGUAUGAGCGAGUGGUUCGCGGGGAUGAUGACAUUGAACUACUGUUUCAGAAAUACAAAGGAAUCCUCGACACGGACAUUAUUGUUUGUUCCAAUUUUACCUGUAAUUGUGGACGAAACUUCUUUGAGAGCCACCCAUUAAAUCACGGGAAUGCUUUGGAGGAAGGUUUAGAUACUGUGUUGGACUUCAUAACACGAGGAAGUUGCUCCUGUGGAGCAGAAAAUCCAAGCCACUUCAAAAAUCACUUUUCCUCCCUACGAUUGGUCCAUGCUGCUGCAGGGUUUGGACACACAAAAAUUCUCUCAUUGUUGAACAAAUAUGGCUGCAACAUGAAUGCUACAACAGAACAAUGUCAGAGAACACCUCUUUCCUAUGCAGUGCGGUCUCGACAAUUAUGUGUCAUAGACUACCUGAUUGGUUUAAGACUGGAUGUUAACGUUCCAUUUCUUAUAGACAAUACCAGUCCAAUGCAUGAGGCCGUACAGUUACGUUAUGUGGAUGUUGUAAAAAAGCUAUUAAAAGCCAAGACUAUUAACAUAAACCAGAAAAAUGCAAAGGAUGAGUCCCCUCUUAUUCUUGCUGCCAAGUACCACUUACACGAGGCAUUUCUUGCUCUGCUUGAAGCAGGGGCGGACUGCAAUAUCCAGGACAGAAAAGGCAACACUGCUCUGAUGAUGGGGGUGGUCCGCGGUAUGGAGUAUGUCAAGCCACUGAUAGAGAGAGGGGCUAAAGUUAACAUUAUAAACCACAGGGAUCAGUCUGCCUUAUCAUUUGCCCUACACCUGGAAAACACAGAAAUGGUGUCAUACUUGCUUGAGAAUGGAGCUGACCCUGACGUCAUGUCAAGUGAUGGCACUCCACCCAUUGUUUUUGCCAGUAUUACAGGUGCAUAUGAUAUCACUCAGAAGCUGGUUAAACAUGGAGCAAAUGUGACAUCUAAAAAUGUACAAGGCUAUACUGCCCUACAUGUGGCUGCUUGGAAUGGAUACUGCAACAUUGUGCAGCUGCUUCUAGACUCAGGAAUGAGUCACGAUACACGCACAGAAGAUGGGAACACCCCUCUGUCACUGGCUGCCCAUGGAAACCAUACUGCUGUGAUCGAUAUGUUGCUCCCUCUGGGCUGUAAUGUCAACAAUGCAGACAAGGACGAUGAUACCCCACUUCUUUAUGCUUCUUUUAACAAAAAUCUGGAAAUGGUCACCAAAUUAGUCAAUGCUGGUGCCAACCCAGAUUGUAAGAACAAGCAUAAUACCACGCCUCUGUGGAACGCGGUGUAUAAAAAUGAUCUGAGUACAAUCAAAUAUUUAAUUGUUAAGAAUGUGGAGCUUGAGGUGGUCUCCUGUGGAAUAGAUCAGCAUGCCCAGUCUGAUGUGGCUACCUUGAUUUACCCAGAACCCCGCUCUGUGAUAUAUGUGGCGGCUCACCAGACCAGUAUUGACGUUCUGAUGACUCUAACUCUGGCCGGGUACAAUAUCUACCGGGAGAGCUGGAUCACAGCCCGGGAAUUCCCCGCUGACAGUCCUAUCCUCCACAGACAACAACAAAUGUUUUUGAAUAAUUUUGCCACCUCACCUCCAAGCCUUUUGGCCAUCUGUCGGAACUUUUUUAGAAGAAGAUUUAGGAGGAAUGUCAUUCCUUGUGUUAAUUCACUUGACAUUCCACAGGACCUGAAGGACAAUCUGACCUUGAAAUAUUUCAUUUCUGAAGAGUUCUUUAAAAUGUAGAGAUUCCUUUAGGUCUAAAAAGAAAAAAAACCCUGUGUUUUAUUUUACCAGUGCUCUUUUUAAUAUACCUGUGUACAUAGUUUCUUAACAUGAAGUGAAUUACUAGAAUAUUUAUUAAGAAAAUUGCUUAAUGUGUAUGUUAAGUGUAAAUGCAAUGCAGAGUUUUUCUUUGUACAUACCGAUAUUUAUUUAUUUUUUUCUAGAAUGAAAAAUCAAUUCCCUCCCCAAAUACACCAUGUAGAUAUAAAUUUAUUAUUGCUACUGUUAUUAAAUUUUGAGGGUUCUUUCUGAUAGUUUUAUCAUACUUUCCUGAUUUUUGAUGUUUGCAUGCAUGGUGUACAGCACCUUAUUUCAUUACAAUUAAUCAUUAAGAUUUUUUUUAAUUUAUCUGAAUCUCCACUUUACCAGUAGUAAAUGUAUUGAGUGAGCCUGUC